ACUUAGGCAGCGGCCGAAGGUUCGAGGAAACCUGGGCCCGGGUCCCCUGGGGUCGCUCCUGGUGUGGUUCCUGGAAGUGGGUGGGCCGACAAGGAGACGGUGCUGGGAGCGGAGACUGACCCCGCCUCAGAGUGGAAGCCCCGGAGUCCCCCGUGGAGGGAGGCCCAUCCGCGGGAGGGGGAGGAGAAAAGAAAGGAAUCCUAACUUGUCUCAACAGCCUCUGCGGGGAGCGAGCUGCCUGGCCAGGUAGUGAGCUCCCCGUCACUGGAAGUGUUCAAGCAGAGGCUGGACAGCCACUUACCGGAAUGUGGGAUGAUAAAGAUACCGAAGCAGAACUGGAAAAAGAAAUACAAGCUGAAUUGGAUAAUAUGAGCGUUUCAUCUUUGGAGAUAAGUGAUGAGACAGACUCACCAUCUGAAGUUGGUAGUGAGAGUGAUCCAUAUUUUCAUUUUCAGGGAGAAGAAGACUUGCCUGAAUCAGUUCUUUACUGUAUUAAUAUCAUAAAGAAUCGGAGUAAAAAUGCUGAAAAUCUUGUUCUCCAAGACUUAGAAGAGACUGAAAUUUCAGGUUCUGGUUAUGGAGCAAUUUCAAACAAUCCUACAGAAUUUAUGGAUGAGUUGACAUCUAAGUAUCAUGCAGAUGCAUUAGAAUUAAAGAAGAGGAUGUUAUUUGAAAUAGAAAAAGAAUUACACAUAAAUUCAACCUCUGAUACAAUUCCUAAUUCUGCUCAACUUCCUGAUCUUUGUAACUUACCUGUUGAUGAGCCUCUUUCUUCAGGUGAUACGGAUACAAUAAGUUUUGGAUACUAUGAAGUUGAGGAAAGAUGUCGACAAUCUUUUGCGGCAUGGGAAGAGAAACAGCGGGAAUUGGAGAUCCAGGAAAAUAAAAAGUUCAGAGCUCUGAGAGACAGAGAAGAGAAACUCUUGCAAGAGGAAGAAGAAAAGAGAAAUUGCCGGAUUAAGCAAUUUGAAAUAGAAAAGAAAAAAAUAGAGAAUAUUCAUAAGCAAGAAGAAGAGAAACUAAAUGUUGAACUGCAGCAACAACAGAAAUUGUGGGAAGAGGAUUUAAAGGAACAUGAGGAGUUUAUCAGAAGUCUACAGUUACAGAUGGAAGAGGAAAGAAAACGUUUGGAAGAACUAAAGGCAAAAGAAAGACAACAUUUGGCAGAUCAACAGCAUAAUGCAGCCAUAAAAAUCCAGACUAGGUAUCGAACAUUUAUGGCCUAUCAAAAAUAUGGAUCAAUUAUAAAAGAACGUAUUAAGAAGAAAGAAAUGCUAGAAAAACAAAAACAAGAAUGGAAAGAAAUAGCAGACAAAAUCCGACAAAAGGAUGAAGAAAGAAAGAAAAAAAUGGAUGAGAAACUGAAACGAGAAGAAGAAACAAACAGUCAAAACCAAAAAGAACAAGCAAAGAGGCAGGAGGAAUAUGAAAAAAAGAAGAAUAUUUUGAAAUUUAAAAAAGAGGAACAAAAGCUAAUGAAAAAAGCAAAAAGAGAAAAGCUAUUUGGAGAGUUGGUAAUGAAAAAUGAAAAUAAAAGAAGAGAUCUUGUAGUGAAAAAAGAAAACAAAAAUCAGGAUAAUAUAUCUAAAGAGAUUUCCAUGAAAUUUUUUACAAAGAAAAAAAAUUUGGCUAUAAAACCAUUAGUGGAAGAAGAAAUCAAUGAAAAAGAAGAUAUAAGCAAACAUAUAGCAUCAGAAAAUGAAUUGAAAAAAAUAGACAUAGUUGAACAGGAACCUAUGCAAAAAUUAAAGCAAAAACUACUUAGGGAAGAUAUGUCAAAACAACUAAUAGUGAUAGACUUUGAAAAAGAACAGAAAGAAAAUCUAGCAAAACAUCAAGAACCGGAUGAAUUACGAAAUGAAAAGAAACUACAUGAGAGUCUAGCCACUGAACAGGAACCUAUGCAAAAAUUAAAGCAAGAACUACUUGGGGAAAAUAUAUCAAGACAACUAAUAAUGAUAGAAUUUAAAAAAGAACAGAAAGAAAAUCUAAUAAAACAUCAAGAACCGAAUGAAUUACAAGAUGAAAAGAAACUACAUGAGAAUCUAGCCACUGAACAGGAAUCUAUGCAAAAAUUAAAGCAAAAACUACUUAGGGAAGAUAUGUCAAAAAAACAAUUGAUAGAGUUGGAAAAAGAACAGAAAGAAACUCUAAUAAAACAUCAAGAACUGGAUGAAUUACAAAAUGAAAAGAAACUAUAUGAGAGUCUAGCCACUGAACAGGAAUCUAUGCAAAAAUUAAAGCAAAAAUUACUUAGGGAAGAUAUGUCAAAACAACUAAUGAUAGACUUGGAAAAAGAACAGAAAGAAAAUCCAAUAAAACAUCAAGAACCGGAUGAAUUACAAAAUGAAAAGAAACUACAUGAGAGUCUAGCCACUGAACAGGAAUCUAUGCAAAAAUUAAAGCAAAAACUACUUAAGGAAGAUAUGUCAAAACAACUAAUAAUGAUAGAUUUGGAAAAAGAACAGAAAGAAACUCUAAUAAAACAUCAAGAACCGGAUGAAUUACAAAAUGAAAAGAAACUACAUGAGAGUCUAGCCACUGAACAGGAAUCUAUGCAAAAAUUAAAGCAAAAACUAAUUAAGGAAGAUAUGUCAAAACAACUAAUAAUGAUAGAUUUGGAAAAAGAACAGAAAGAAACUCUAAUAAAACAUCAAGAACCGGAUGAAUUACAAAAUGAAAAGAAACUACAUGAGAGUCUAGCCACUGAACAGGAAUCUAUGCAAAAAUUAAAGCAAAAACUACUUAAGGAAGAUAUGUCAAAACAACUAAUAAUGAUAGACUUGGAAAAAGAACAAAAAGAAACUCCAAUAAAACAUCAAGAACCGGAUGAAUUACAAAAUGAAAAGAAACUUCAUGAGAGUCUAGCCACUGAACAGGAAUCUAUGCAAAAAUUAAAGCAAAAACUACUUAAGGAAGAUAUGUCAAAACAACUAAUAAUGAUAGACUUGGAAAAAGAACAGAAAGAAAAUCUAGUAAAACAUCAAGAACUGGAUGAAUUACAAAAUGAAAAAAAACUAAAUAAGAGUCUACCCAAAGAUUUCAUAAAAUCACAAAAAAAUGAAUUUAAAGAAAACAUGACAAACUACCUACAGUUAGAACAGGAAAGAGAAAAAGGAAAUUCAAUAAAUGAAAAUGAGAGAAACAAAAGCCAAGAAGCCAGAGCGGUCAAGGGAACAAGAAACAAAGCAGAACAGAAUAGAAACAAACAGAACCAGGAAGAAGAGAACUCUGAAAUAAUGAAAGAGGAAAAGCAAAAGAAUGGAGAAAGAGUUGAAGAGGGAGAUAACUUCAGAGCCUCAUUAAAUCUCACACUUUCACUCCAAAAAGCAGAAAGUAGUGAAAACACUUUCAAUAGUGUGAGUGUGAUGACACCAGCUAAAGAAAGUGAUUUACAAGUUAUUAAUAAUGAUGAAAACUCAGAAUCAAAUAUUCUGACAGAUGGUGAAACUAUAAUCCUUAACACCUCUGAUAUCAUUCUAAAUGUGGAAAAUAAUUCAUGCAAGAAAAAAUCUGUUUCCCUUGUCUCAACAUUUUAUGAUUACACAGGUGGCUCUAAUAAAAGCUCAUCAGUGUCUGAAGAAACCACAGCUGUUCCAUGUGUUAUGAAUGAAAUACCAGGGAAGUUUUGUUGCAUGUCUACUCAUUCUCUAAAGAAGAUAACGGUUUCAGCUUUAAUUGAAGAAAAGAGACUAGCUUGGAUAAAAACCUGUAGACCGUGGCUUGAAAUCUUUGGGAAAAUCCAAACAAAGAAAAUAGUUAAAAGAAACAGAUCUAGAAAGUGUUCAGUUAGCAAGCUGCCACCUCUGAAUGCAAUGGAAAUCCUUCAAGGUGGCCUAUGGAGUACUUUGCAUCAGGUUACAACAGUAACAUUUCAGGAUUUGCCAGGUUGUAGUCUUUGUACAUUGUCAGAAUGUACAAGUCUUCAAUUCCUGAGUCUUAGACGUUGUGGAUUAACUGCUCUGGAAGGACUGAAUAACUGCAAAAAAUUGAAGUAUAUUGAUGUACAGGAAAACCAAAUUCAAGUUAUAAAUUGUGAAAAUUUAGAAAAUCUCUGCACCCUUCUUUUGAAUGACAAUGAGCUAACUUCUUUUCAUGGAUUGGAUGAUUGUAGUAAUCUUCAAAACAUUGAAGUUUCAAAUAACAAGAUCACCCGAAUUGGUGGAUUAGAAUCUUUGAAAUCUCUUCAGCAGCUAAUUGUGGAUCAUAAUCAGCUAAUUAGCACCAGAGGUCUUUGCAGUGUUCCUACUAUUAUGUAUUUGGACUGCUCUUAUAAUAAUCUUACUAAAGUUGAAGGCAUUAAAGACUGUGGCUUACUUCAGAUUUUGAACUUACAGGGAAAUUACUUAACUGAGCUUCCAUCUCUGGAGAAUCAAGUUCUGCUCAGAGAAUUAUACUUGGAUGACAACAGUAUUUCAACAAUGGAAAUAAUCUCCUCAUACUGGCUUCCUUUAUUACAGAUUCUAACUGUCUCUCAAAACAGUUUGAUUGAAAUUGUGCCACUCUUUCAAUUUGUUUCUUUGGAAAAAGUGGAUGUCAGCAACAAUUGCCUUUCAGAUCUUACAGGUGUAGCCAAGUGGUUUGAUGCAUGUUUUAAUCUAUGUGACUUGUCACUUAUUGGAAAUCCCCUUCUCCAAGAAAGAAAUUGGAGGCAGUCUAUACUUGAAAUCUUACCUGCUCUAAAAAUUCUUAAUGGUGAAACACUAACAUCUGAUUCAUCUAAUCAUGAAUUCAAUGUUCCAGAACCAGGCAGUUUUUCAGCUUUUUGUCAGACCCAGACCCAGAAAUUUAAUUUAAUUUUAAAAAAAUACGUCAUUGAAAAAAGCAACAUAGACUCUUUGGAUGCUGUAGAGAACUUGUGCUAUUACUUUAAUGAGCUGAUGAAACUUAGUAGUAAGUACAGAGAUGCUCAUGAACGUGUAGAUUUCAGAAUCAUUCAUAAAGAUGAAGAUUUAAGUAUCACAAAAACAAACCUAUCAGAAGAACAGCAAGAUCAUUUGAAACAAGUAGCCAGUAGCAGACUACAGCAAAACAGUGAAUUCAUUAAUGGGGUAAAUAAAAGCAAACAGGAUUUUCUGAAAGCUUCUCAACAAAAAAUUGAUUCUGACACAAGUGACUCUGGAUUCAUUGCAUCUUCUAUACAUGAGCACAUACAGAAAACAAAUCAAGACCACAGAGUCCAGAGGAGGAGGAAAGGCAUUAUAAGCACCAAAAUUCAUACCAAGAACAGCACUGACACUGAGCCAUUAAUUACAAGUGAAGUGGAAAAUGAUAAACAACAUACUCAGAAUGAUGCCAAAAAUGAGGCAGCUACAGACCUUCAGAGCCACUUGCAAAGAUAUGUCAUUCGAAGGCAGAUCAAUUUUUGUGAUAAAAAGAAUAUGGCAGCAAUGAUAAUACAGAGAGCUUUGCGAAAUUACCUUAUGAAGACCCAAAUGAAAAAAAGAAAUUGUUACAACACUGACAUGCAUGCAAAAAGGGAGAAAGCUGCUACACUUAUUCAGGCAGUUUGGAAAGGCUUCCUUUUACGGAAGAAACUGGCCAAAGCAUUAGCUUCCAUUAGAAAUGAAGAACUUGAGGAUGACUAUGAAGAAGUUGAUCUAGAUGACUUUAUUUUUGAUGAAGCUGCCUUAGAGAAAGAAUGGUUCUCUUUGGAUUCCACCAACUUCCCUUCCCAAACACAGGAUCUCCCAAAUGAGCUGCACCAGCCAAAGUAUUCAGGAUAUUUGUCCUCUGAUGACACUUCACUUAAUUUACCAUAUCAUCCAGCGCAAGCUUGGCAAAUUAAUGAGAAAGAAAAUCCAUGCUCUUCUGAAGACUCUCAGCUUACUGACAGAUCAGAAAGUCAAAAACUGUCCUCUUCGUCUGACAUCAAGAACUAUACGAAACUGUCCCUAAGAUCUAAAAAAGAAGAAAAAAUUUCAGAGGAAUGGGGCUUUAAAGAUAUUUCUACUGCUCAGUUGAUGCUAAAAAGAGCCCAGAAAAUGAAAUCUAAGAAAGCAAGACACAAAUUAGACCCUGCUGUGCGCCUGGCAUUGUUCAAAAAUAAUGAAAAUAAACAACCCCCUGUGAAGCCAGUGAGGAAAGCAUACCCUGCCAGACAAGGGUAUUUUGAAGUUGAUGAAGAAGAACUUACCAGUGCAGAUACUGCAAUUUCCAAAGAAAAACUUGAGCGUAGCAAAGAGCUGACCUACCAGUGGCUCCAUUCGCAAGUUGGAAGUUAUGAAACAACCUGCCCCCAAAAUGUGAAAUGUCAGACUCACUUCUUGCCUGUGUUAGAUCCAGAUGUACUUAAUGGUGGGCGAGUUCAACUUGUGGAAAACUUGCUUCUUCCCAACAACCUGAAGUGUAAAGAAGCAUUUUUCAAGUCCCUUCAUUUCCUCAAAGAAGAAGAUCGGGCUACAUUUGAAGCACAGAAAAUCCUCAAUGCACAGAAAUGUAAACAUUUUGCAUAUAAUGCAAGACUUGUAAGGAGAGAAGACAUGGAUGUAGACCUUGUUUCCAUGAACAGUGGGAGUGCUUUGGCUCAGAACAGAGAAAAAAAUAAUCAGGCAUCCAGACACUCAGCAGAAUCUUCAUUUAAAGUAAUAGCUGUUCCAGGGAGAAGAAAUACUAAGAAACAAUGGGUAUCACAUCGAGACUAUCCAGUGCAGUUCGGCGAUGGAUGGGAAAGUGGGAAAUGGAAGGCGAAAACUUUCAACUAAUCUUUCAAACUUCAACAUGCAAAACAUAUGGCGAGCUGUUUCUUUUCAAGAGGUCUGUGAAUAUCUGGUUAUAUGUUACCAAUUGGAUACAAAGUUUUAGAGUACUGCAUUUAAUUUGUUUUACUAUACAUGUUUUCCAAUUUAGCUUUCUGGUUGAGUUAUCUUACUCCCCAUCAGUAAAAUACAGUUUUUGCAAUGGUUCCUAUGCUCAUGUGGUAUGGUUUCCAGAAAAUUUUAACCCUUGAUAUGAUUGUAAGGAGGAAUUUGUAAAAAAACAAAUAAACAAAAAAACUUUAGUUUUAAAAGUAUUUUAUGAUUCCUAAGUUCAAGAUAAAAUUUUUGUUAGCAAUAGUGAUAAAUCUAUUAAUAACAUUUUUGGGAAGUUUGACAUCAUGAUUAUGUUAUUAUCAUUGAUACUAUACUUAUUGUAUUGUGUUAUUAGGAAGUCACAUUCUGUCUUAACAGGUUUUAAAUCUUAUAAUUGAUAUUAUUGAACUAGAGAGGGAGAAUGUCAUUUUCAUAGGUAAUUUAAUUCAUGUAAAUGUUUUUCUGAUUGUUAAAUUUAUCAAAAUACAGUUUAUUUUAGAGAUGGCCUUUCAAAUUAAAUUGAACUUGAUAAAAUAAAACAAAUUGUAUAUUUUAACAGUACUACUAUUUGAACAUGUGCACAUUUAUUAUUCUGACAUAUGAAAGUACAUGUGAAUCUAAUAAGUGAUUACUAUUCUGACUCAGAAAAUUGUUAUAAAUUUAUAUUUUCAUAAAAUUAUCCUCCUAAAUAACCAGUUCUUUAAAGUCCUUUCAAACUCCAAGCAUCAUUUUAUGUUUCAUAUUUUCUCAAAGCUACAGAUGUCCAGUCUUCCUAACUUUCUAGUAAAGUUGAGUGACAACCUAGUAAAUUAAAUACGCAAAAUCUUGUAGUUACCUUUAAUGGGCUUUCAAUGCUAUUGCUCCCUUGAGUCCAGAGCUGUUUUCACAAAGCAACAUUCCUUGAGUUUUCAGUGACUUUCCAUUUAAAUUUUAGUUGAAUAAUAGGAUCCAGUCAACUUUCCUUUUAGUUUUUUCCCUUUUUGAAAGCUUUCAGCUGGAGAAAAGAAAUGUCUAAACUUAGCUAGGAUGCAUUUCUUGAUCACUCCUCUCCCUUUGGGUCCCCAUCAUUAUUAUCAUCACUACUAUUUUUCUGGACUUUAUUCGCAUUAAAACCUGUAAAUCUCUUUAAACUCUGAUUGAACUAGAAAAGUCAAUGAGCCUUGAGAUGUCAGUCAAUAAAGCAAACAUAGAUUCAUAUGUUGUGGCCUAGAAAUUGAGUUUAGAAACAUAAACUCCAUGUGCAAUUGUUUUGUGCAACAGUCCAUUACAUUAUUGUCUUUUCACUAACAGCUUCCACGUAGCAAUAUAAUAUGAUUGGAAAUAUUUUGUUGAAUCUCAACUUAUUUUGAAAAUGGUAGAAAACCACAUUAAAGUUGGUAUUGAUAUUUUUAUGGUUCACAUACUAAAAUCAGUGAAGUGGAAAGUCCUAAUUAGUUUGUUUAGUUAGGUCCUUAUUAUUAAAUUGUCUCUGUGCCUAAAAUUGACUUACUAGCAUGGACUCUUAUUUAACAACUAGUUUGAUUGUUUUAUGGAAUUAAAUUAUAAAAGUAAUGACAGUACUGACACUACCAUUUUUAGGUAAUGGGUGACAAUGAUGAUGAUUAUGAAAACAUGAUGAUGAUGAUGAUAUUUCCUUUAUUUGCCUAGUAUCAAAUAAGAAUAUAAUUCCAUAUUGAUAGUAUAUCAGAAUAGUAUUAUUUUGAAUAUUGAUGUUUUUCAUUGUUUUCUUUUUGUUUAUGAAGAUUCAACAUAAUCUUAGGUCUUUAGAAUUGAAUAAAUAUAUUAAAGAGCUCAAAUUAAGUGAUACUCUUUCUCUUGUUAAUCAGAUUUCUGUUAAUUCAAAUAAUAAAUUUAAGUGAAUUCAAAAUCGAUGUAAUCACAGCGUCCAACUAGUGAUGAUUAGUGAAUUAAAUGGUUUUCUGGAAAA